GCGCUCGGUGUCAGACGUCGCGAAGCCCGGUCGCUGGCGCCCGUUUCCCAGCUCGCUCGCGCAGCCCCGGCGCCGGCGGUGGCGGCCGGCGACUCGGCGCGAUCCCUCCUGGGCGGCCGUGGCCCGCGCCCCGCGGCAUGCGCCGGUGACCGAGCGCGGGGCCGAGCGGGAGGCAACCGUGGCCGAGGAGUGUGAGGAAGAGGCUGUCUGUGUCAUUAUGUGCGCGUCGGUCAAGUACAACAUCCGGGGUCCUGCCCUCAUCCCGAGAAUGAAGACCAAGCACCGAAUCUACUACAUCACCCUCUUCUCCAUUGUCCUCCUGGGCCUCAUCGCCACUGGCAUGUUUCAGUUCUGGCCCCAUUCCAUCGAGUCCUCCAGCGACUGGAGUGUAGAGAAGCGCAGCGUCCGUGACGUGCCGGUGGUCAGACUGCCCGCCGACAGCCCCGUCCCCGAGCGGGGUGACCUCAGCUGCAGGAUGCACACAUGCUUUGAUGUCUACCGCUGUGGCUUCAACCCGAAGAACAAAAUCAAGGUGUAUAUCUACUCUCUGAAAAAGUACGUGGAUGACUUCGGGGUCCCCGUGAGCAGCACCAUCUCCCGGGAGUAUAAUGAACUGCUCACGGCCAUCUCCGACAGCGACUACUACACUGAUGACAUCAGCCGGGCCUGCCUGUUCGUCCCGUCCAUCGACGUCCUCAACCAGAACACGCUCCGCAUUAAGGAGACGGCACAAGCCCUGGCCCAGCUCUCUAGGUGGGAUCGAGGUACAAACCACCUGCUGUUCAACAUGUUGCCUGGAGGUCCCCCCGAUUAUAACACGGCGCUGGAUGUCCCCAGAGACAGGGCUCUAUUGGCUGGUGGUGGCUUUUCUACGUGGACUUACCGGCAGGGCUAUGAUGUCAGCAUUCCCGUCUACAGUCCGCUGUCAGCUGAGGUGGACCUUCCAGAGAAAGGACCAGGUCCCCGGCGGUACUUCCUCCUGUCCUCUCAGAUGGCUGUCCACCCCGAGUACAGAGAAGACCUGGAGGCCCUCCAGGCCAGACACGGGGAGUCCGUGUUAGUCCUGGAUAAGUGCACCAACCUCUCGGAGGGCGUCCUCUCGGUCCGCAAGCGCUGCCACAAGCACCAGGUCUUCGAUUACCCCCAGGUGCUGCAGGAGGCCACUUUCUGUGUGGUCCUUCGAGGUGCUCGGCUGGGCCAGGCGGGACUGAGUGACGUUUUACGCGCCGGCUGUGUCCCAGUUGUCAUUGCAGACUCUUACGUUUUGCCUUUCUCCGAAGUUCUUGACUGGAAGAGGGCAUCUGUGGUUGUGCCAGAAGAAAAGAUGGCCGAAGUGUACAGUAUUCUGCAGAGCAUCCCCCAGAGACAGAUUGAAGAGAUGCAGCGGCAGGCACGGUGGUUCUGGGAAGCAUACUUCCAGUCAAUUAAAGCCAUUGCCCUGGCCACUCUGCAGAUCAUCAACGACCGCAUAUAUCCUUAUGCCGCCCUCUCCUAUGAAGAAUGGAAUGACCCCCCCACUGUGAAGUGGGGCAGUGUGAGCAACCCGCUCUUCCUCCCCCUGAUUCCACCACAGUCCCAAGGUUUUACCGCCAUCGUCCUCACCUACGACCGAGUGGAGAGCCUCUUCCGGGUCAUCACUGAAGUGUCCAAGGUGCCGAGUCUGUCCAAGCUGCUCGUCGUCUGGAAUAAUCAGAAUAAAAAUCCCCCAGAAGACUCUCUCUGGCCCAAAAUCCGGGUUCCACUAAAAGUUGUGAGGACUGCUGAAAACAAAUUGAGUAACCGUUUCUUCCCUUACGACGAAAUCGAGACGGAGGCUGUCCUGGCUAUCGAUGACGAUAUCAUCAUGCUGACCUCCGAUGAGCUGCAGUUCGGUUAUGAGGUGUGGCGGGAAUUUCCUGACCGGUUGGUGGGUUACCCAGGUCGUCUGCAUCUCUGGGACCAUGAGAUGAAUAAGUGGAAGUAUGAGUCAGAGUGGACCAACGAGGUGUCCAUGGUGCUCACGGGGGCAGCUUUUUAUCACAAGUAUUUUAACUACCUGUAUACCUAUAAAAUGCCCGGAGAUAUCAAGAACUGGGUGGAUGCACACAUGAACUGUGAAGACAUUGCCAUGAACUUCCUGGUAGCCAACGUCACGGGGAAAGCUGUCAUCAAGGUGACACCGCGAAAGAAAUUCAAGUGUCCCGAGUGCACAGCCAUUGACGGGCUUUCGCUAGACCAGACGCACAUGGUGGAGAGGUCCGAGUGCAUCAAUAAGUUUGCUUCAGUGUUUGGGACGAUGCCUCUCAAGGUGGUGGAGCACCGAGCUGACCCUGUCCUGUACAAAGAUGACUUUCCUGAGAAACUGAAGAGCUUCCCCAACAUCGGCAGCUUAUGAAACCGAUCACCGAGGGAGGUCUGAAUGUUAUGUGAGGACGACGUAGGAGAGCACAGCCUCCCAGCACCCUGAUAUCAGCGUGGAUAUGGGGGGGUCUUCAGCUGACAUACUGGACCGUGACACCCAACCUGCUGCCUCAAGAGCUGGAGCCUAGAGAGAGCGUGUAAGCACCUUGAGCAGUGCGCGCCCUAUUCUGGUGUUUCUUAGGAGCCCGGAUGGGCUCUUAUUGGAAAUGCCAAAUGGAAUCCUCUGUGGCAUGCUCUGGGUUUAACUCCAGCUCCGGCUCCCUUUGUUUGCAGAGAACAGUCUGAAAGGAAAUGCAGACAGACCUACCUCCCGUGUUAGAUCUGGGGAAUCGUGUAAAUGGUGCCCAUAUCUCACCUUUAGCUAUUUCAGAUCAGUAAGUUCUUAGGAGGAAAAGCCAAACCAAGAAUUUGGCUCAAAAUCCCAGCAGCUUAGUGGGAUUUGCUACAUGCCCCAGGACCUGGGGUACCAGACCCACGCAUAGGCAGAGCACCAGGUGCCGGAUUGGGAUCCUGUAAAUUCCGUGAACCAUUCCUCUUUGGUUUGGCUUUUUGAUACGAUUAAAGUAAUUUUUUAUUCCUUUUUA